AAAGAUCAUAUGCUUGCCUGCCGUGGAUUCUCUCGUAAGCAUCUGUAGUCAUACUUGGUAGUUCGCUUGUGCAGUGGCUUAUAACCCGGCAUGAGAGUCUUGCUAGGUUCGACGAUUGCAAGUUUCAUUCCGAUUGCUACCCUCAAAAAUCCACAACAGUUCCUCGGUUGCAAUUGCUUCGCAAUGGGAUCUGUGCCGAGCUUCUCGACCAAUAUGCGAAUGCUCCUACACGCUCGUCACAGUCCAAGAUUGCUCUCACAGAUCGAUAUUUGUUGUACAAUACUUGAGCUAUGGUUCGUGUAUCAACAUCAAUGGCGCAGUGCGGUCUCUGGCAAGGGUCUAAUUGCCGGAGCAAUUGCCGGAGCAAUGCCGCAGCGAUGUUAUAUGCGCCUUACUGAGAUAACUUUGGUGCGCAUCUCGCCUGAGAAAUGCAAGGUGAAGCCAGUGUAUGGUCUCGCCAAUCCCCGAAAUGCCCAGUCAAGGGUUCGCUUGCCCUGUCGGGACGAUGAUGUUCUAUUCUGGUUAUGUGCUUUGCAUUGCCGGUGCAGUGUUGCAGUUGCGGUAGAGAUCAUUGGCAAGCAGCUUGUCUGUCUGUACAUCACAGGAUCCAUGGAACAAAGUGCAUACAGCAGCCAAAGACAAGAAAAGCCUGUACUCUUUGGACUAAACUAGGCGCGGGUUGCUUUCCGUGCCGUCUCUCAACAUGCCGCGCUGUCUAUAGCAUAAUGGCCGGACCAUAGCGGCCAAGCCUGGACCAAUGUGUGAUGCAGUUUUCUGGAUACACUGAAUCUACCAAAGAAUCCGCGAUACUCGUGAUCUGCUCGCUACUGCAGGACAUAGCCGCAGCGUGGCACC